AUCUCUAGCUAUCACACACACAUUCUUUCUCUCUCUCUCUCUCUCUCUCUCUGUCCCUCUAGAUUCUGUUACGAUAACGCACACGUAUACGAAGAAGAUCGUUCGUGUACAAAAAAUGAGGUGUAGAGCGCUUAACAUUCGGAGAAGAAAGAGAGUAAUGGUUAAUGUGAGUUCGAGGAAGCUCAUGAGCCGUCUUCGAAGGAUGGUUGCUCCCGAAACGAGUUUUUCCGGCGAAGUUGACGGUGACACACUUUAUCGUCUAACGGCUGAUCACAUUUUCAUACUCCAAGCAAGAAUCCAACUUCUUCGUCGUAUUUCUUCUCUAUGUGGUCUCUAGAUCGAAGGUCCAUAACCAUAUAUACACGUGGCUAUAAGUAAACAAAGCAACGGUAUAACUAUGGAAUGAACGUCUAUUUCUCUUUAUAUUUUUCUUAAUUUGUCAUCUUGGUAAAAGUCGUAAAUUAUGAUGCCGAUGCUAUAAUAUGAGCGUAUUUUAUAAUUUAUGUGACUAUGUGAAUUAUAUAUAUAAUCUGUGAUGUAUUUAAUCACUAGUAUAUGUUUACAUGCAUGCAGCUUUGACCGUGUUUAUAAGACCCAUACAUAUGAUUAUAUGAACAAUAUUCACUUUGUAGUA